CCAACCUUGUUACUGGAAUAUCCACACAAACAGGUAUUUGAUCAUGAAGUUUUUGAUUCCUUUGGUUGUUCUUGCUGCUGUUCUUUGCUUUAUCGAAGCCAAGCCUAUCGAGGAUGGACUACAGCUAGUCGAUGGAGACAUGUUACUCACAAAGGAACAAAAAGAGAUUUUUGAACAGCGCCAAAAUGGUCGCGUAAGACGAGCUGCUUUGAAGGACAGAUAUCUUUGGCCUAAUGGAGUCAUUUUCUAUACUUUUGGCCCAAGUCUUGAUCGCGCAGGACGUAACCUCGCUCAGGAAGCCAUGAAUCACUGGAGUAGCCAAACCUGUCUGAAAUUUAGACGAAGAAAUAAGGAGAAUGCAUACAUAAAAUUCCAAUAUGACGGAAAGUGCCGAGCUCAAGUUGGCUUCACCGGAAAUGCAGGACAGAAAGUUUCCCUCGGAAGUGCAGCAAACCCAUGUUCGCGAGGAUCAGCCAUCCAUGAAUUGGGUCAUGCCAUUGGAUUCUUCCAUGAACACUCUCGACCAGAUCGCGAUAACCAUGUCCGAAUCAACUUUAACAACAUCAGAAAAGGAGCCGAGAGAAAUUUCAGAAAAGACGAUGGAUUUUUCGUAGAUUCUCGUGGCCAUGACUACGACUAUGGCAGCAUCAUGCACUACUCUCGUUACCAAGGCAACAACAAAGCAAAUGCGGUGGUCAUGCAGCCAAUCAGAGGAAAUGUUGAAAUUGGUCAGAGAGAUGGUCUGAGCGAAGGAGACAUUGCACAGACGAACGACAUGUACAAAUGUGACGCCCAGGGAGACAGUCAUCUCAAACCAGUCGAAGAUGACGAGGAGGACGAGGAUGAUGAGGGAGUCAAACCAACGCCAAACCCUAAUGGACCAAAACCAGGCGAAGUAGAAGAAUAAAGUAUGGCUCUAUGAGGCAACUAACACUGACUAUAAAAGAUUGAAGCAUGCAUAAUGUUAUACUCAAUAAUGAUAUCUAUGGUUAUAUGUUAAAAUGAGUUUCAUACAGUCAAGGCUGGCUAAUAAACAUGAUAAUCAAGAAAAUA